AUGACAUCGCCGAGUGAUGGAGACCCGCCUCAGCAGCCCGAGUACCUCUCGUCAAUACCUGUCCUCGAAGUUCACAAGACCAGAUCACCCGCAAGGGAUGAAUCACCCGAGACUUCUACCACCAGCCUCCCCCUCCGCACCUCCAGCCCUCCUCCCUUAGGUUCGCGGACGAGUACUCUUUCCAGCGUCCUAUCUCGCUCCAGCUCUCCCAACGGAAGACUGUCAUUGUCGUUUCCGAGAUUCGGGAGAUCCCAAGUGAACAGCCCAUUGGGCAAUCCUUCAGAGAGUUAUAAUGAUACACGGUCGCUGAUUGUUCGGGCAUUUUCACCCACUCUCGCCAUCUACGCGGCGCAAGAGGUGGACGAACUUGCCGCCCGCAAAGGAGUCAAGAAUGGCUUUACCGGACUAGUUCGUCCAUUCGGCAAUAAAGUCUCGGGGAAAAUGGUGAUCCGAGACAGCACCGGUGCGAGUCGAGCUUGGGAGGACUUUGCUGUCCAUUUUGCGGAUCUUGGCCAACUGGUUCAGGAGGGCACAUCACCGCCGUCGGAUACAAAUCAACUAGAGAAACUAGAAGAGCUGAUGGAACAAUUUAUCGACGAAGGAUUCGAUGACGGGGAUGAUCUUCCCGGACGAGGCGAGAUCUCUCCUUUUUACAGGCUGUUUCUGACUCGCGUUUUAUGCGCCCAAUCCAUGGCUCCACACGAAUCAUUUCGUCAUCCGGUAGGAGCAGUCAUUGCCAUCAGCUCUUCUACCAAACAGCCGAUCGACACACUCCGAAAUCUCUAUCAGCAAACGGCUCAGGGAUCGAAAGCUUUGCCGGCAUACGCCAACCCAGAAUACCUCAGAUAUUAUGUUCUCGUUCAUGACGAAGAUAGAGAUGACUUCAGCAAAUCAUCGGCACUCUUCGACCAGAUGAAACGACAUUUCGGCCUUCACUGUCAUCUUCUCCGAUUGAGAUCUGCAUCAUGCACGCCAUCGGACGACGACACUGAAGAACUUCCUCCCUGCGAAUGGUUAUCUCCUUCUGAGCAACUCGCGUUUCUGUAUGACACUGCUGAUCUCAUUGACCUAAACACGUCCCCCUCGCCGUAUAUCUUCUCCUCCGAUGCCGCGGCUUUACGGGCUUUUGUUCGCGAGCUCGUGGCACAGUCCAUUAUCUAUCAUAUGGAGCAAAGGAUUGCGCUUUGGAAUGAACAAAUUGCCUCCCGCAGGCGAGGUAUUUCUGGUCGAUUUAUGUCCCUCUCCAAGCGGUGGACAGGAAUUGCCGGCCCCUCUCGAAGCUCAUCCUCAAUCACUAGUUUGGGCGGCUCAGGCGCAAGCGGCAACUAUGACAGUCUGCAGGGCAUGUACCGAUAUGAUGCUCCCGAAAGUCUCCUGCGUAAGCUCGCAGAUUACGCCUUCAUGCUGCGCGACUAUAAGCUGGCCGCUUCGACCUAUGAGCUCCUCCGAACAGACUAUGCGAACGACAAAGCCUGGAAAUAUCUCGCAGGUGCGAACGAGAUGUGCUGUAUCGCUACACUAUUGAACCCCUUGACCAGCAGUGGGAGCUCGAAAUUCAAAAUUGAGAACUUUGAUCUGAUGCUUGACGUCGCUAGUUAUUCGUAUCUAACUCGCUGUUCGGAUCCCGCCUUGGCACUACGCGCGAUACUUCUGGGAGUGGAGCUCCUCAAAGUUCGGGGUCGAGCAGCGAGCGAGUUAGCGGCCAAGUGGGCGAUCCGCAGCCUGGAGCUCGGUUUGGUUGGUAGUACCGGCCAUGUCCUUGUCAGCGAGCGGAUCGCAUCCUGUUUUGCAGACCGUAUCGGUAUUGGACACACCAACUGGGGCAUGCGAAGGCGCAAAGCCGCACUCUGGAACAUUAUGACUGCAGACGAAUGGAUGAAACUUGGACGGGCAGAGAUUGCGGGAGAACGACUGGACGAAGCGCAAGAACUCUACAAUGAGACCCAAAAGGCUCAAGCGACCAAGGAGUAUCAGGAAAUGGCAGAAUACCUGGAGCAGUUACGACUGGCGGUUAGAAUGAAGUUGGGAGAAGCUCGAAAAAGAGGUUAUUCCGGGGCUACUCGCCAGCUUGAACUCGAAGGCGGAAUCCCGGGCGAGGGCGAUGUUGAAGAUGAGACCGUGGAAGAAAUGACAACUCUGGACAAAGGCGAUCACCGGGUGGACCGGAGAAGUUUGUUGGGGGGUGCAGGAGCUGCGGGAGGACUUGUGAAUCCUCUGGAGCCGGUAACGCCUCUGAGUCCUGUUCGGUUGAAUCGCCCCAGCCCAUUAUCAAGAGAGGACGAUGAUUUUGAAUGA